GUUUUAACACGUCACGAAGUGAGGAGAAGCCGACCUCACUGUACUACGUACAGAGUAUGUUGGGAUUAUCUCUGUGGGCAUUCAUCAAUUGUUAUGGCUAAACGUUUUCCACGUUAUUCAGCAACAAGUCAGACUCAAUCACCUCAUCCGUUAUACCCACGUUGCUCAAUGAUCGUGGCCAUCUUUCACCGUUGAGUUCUCGUAAUAUCUCCGAUACAAGGCCGGCGCCACAUCAUCAAGGUUGACAGACAUAUGCCAUCUGUAGCGGGAACGGGAUCAUCAACAUCUUGGCUGCCCAAUCUGAAGGCCGAAGGCUGAAGGCUGAAAGCAUGAACCUGAUCAGCAAGGCACCGACAUAACCAAAAGUCAAUCAAAAGAACCACUAAUCUGAACUAGUCUGGCUUCGUCUUGGCUAUUCGGUACCGGCAGUAGGGUUGCAGUUCCAUCAAUGGUUUCAUUGUCUAGUCUUGGCUCCCCUAGGCUCCGCUCAUCAGCUCGUUUUCUUUGGCAUUUUGCGAAUCGUCAUGGUCGAAAUUCUUACGGUACCGCCGAGCUUGGCCUUGUCUCUUUCAGCCACAGCAUCAUUGCGCUUGUACGGCAUCUUCUCCCAAGAAAUCUCGUGACUUGCCCAGAAAAAGACCACGGUCUAGACGGCCACGGUGGAGUCACUCCCCUUGCAGCGCCUCGUUGCUCUUGGUUCCUAUGGGAAACUCUGGCCUGGCCCUGCCAGUAGAUCCGAUGUCAUACUCUGGGCUACGGAGAAUUCAUACAACACUCACGUUAUCGUGGCUGCCUCUCCCAGUCUGCCGGUAUUCUUCUAGAAGGACUCUCCGUUCCUCAAACACUGACGAUAUCUCGUCUCCGGAUGAGAUAUCUUCCAUAUUUGAUAGGGAGAUCCUGUCUGUGCUUUUCCUCAGCGAGAUACGGGCCUUCCGUGCAAAGAGAAGCUGACGAUGGGAAUAACGCCAACUCCGGGAGAGAUCUGUUGGUACUGUAAGGUUGGUAAGGUUGGUGUAUCUAUUUUAACUCGCCAAGCUAAGAUGUGAACUAAGGAUGGAUGGAUGGUUACAACC